AUGUCCCGCCAUCAUCCCGAUCUUGUUAUGUGCCGAAAGCAAUCAGGCAUUGCAAUCGGCCGCCUCUGCGACAAGUGCGACGGAAAAUGCCCAGUCUGCGAUUCUUACGUCCGACCUACAACCCUCGUACGAAUCUGUGACGAAUGCAGCUUCGGCAACUACCAGAAUAAGUGUGUGGUGUGUGGUGGCGAGGGUAUUUCAGACGCUUUCUACUGCUUCGAAUGUACCCGAUUGGAGAAGGAUCGAGACGGUUGUCCAAAGAUUAUCAAUUUAGGAUCUUCCAGGACGGAUCUAUUCUACCAGAAAAAGAAUUUUAGGAAUCACUAG